UAUUUCUUACCAUCUAUACUUUGAUUUUGUUCUGUACCUUCUGUGAUUUAUUUUUUUAAACUUCUGUUUGUCCUUAACACUUAACAAGUUGACUUUAUUCUUGCAUAUAAAGUGAAUGAGUAUUGCCAUUUUCCUCCUGAAUGAGACUGCUUGGUGUGUCAGAAAGGUUGAGGGGAACAGAUGACCUGAGGAGUUACCCCUGCAGCACCAGUGUGACUCACACUGGGAAGCCCAGGGUACCAGGUGAUGGCGGCUUUGCACCUGUCUGCCCUGCCCCAGGCUGAGAUGACCUUUGAGGACGUGGCCGUGCUAUUCUCCCGGGAGGAGUGGGGUCGUCUGGGCCCUGCUCAGAGGGGCCUCUAUAGGGACGUGAUGCUGGAGACCUACAGGAAUCUGGUCUCCCUGGGAGCUGGGCCUGCAGGUCCCAAGCCUGGGGUGAUCACACAGUUGGAACGAGGGGAUGAGCCGUGGGUCCUGGAUGCACAGGGCGCCGAGGGGAAAGAGCGACUGAGAGUCAGUGUCUCAGGUCCUGGGACCAGGACUGGAUGCAAAGAGUUGUCUUCAGGGGAGAUGCUUGAUGGGGAAGAGUUGGAUCAACUCCAGAAGGCUGUUCCCCAAGGACCUGAUCCUGGAGAGACCCAGGCAUGUGUCUGGGAGCCAGAGGAGAGCCUGGACAAGCUAGUAGAGCAGAGAGGCCUGAGGCCAGUCACACUGGCCAACGAGGAGAACAUCCGGGAGUCUGGGGGAGUCCUCGGGUUUUGGUCAAACCCCUUCUCUGAUCAGAGACCUCACAAAUGUGAUAUAUGUGAACAAAGUUUUGAACAGAGAUCAUACCUCAAUAACCAUAAACGUGUACACAGGUCAAAAAAGACAAAUAUAGUCCAUGAUUCUGGGGAAUUCUUCAGUGCAAAUUUAGUUGUUAGAGACGAUCAGAAAGUUCCUCUUGGGAAAAAAUUGCAUUAUUGUGGUUACUGUGGGAAAGCCUUCAGGUACAGUGCUAACCUUGUCAAACACCAGCGGCUUCAUAGUGAAGAGAAGCCCUACAAGUGUGACGAGUGUGGGAAAGCUUUCAGUCAGAGCUGCGAGUUCAUCAAUCACCGAAGGAUGCACUCUGGGGAGAUCCCCUACCGAUGCGGUGAGUGUGGGAAGACAUUCAACCAGAGGCCCAACCUCAUGAAACAUCAGAGGAUUCACACUGGGGAAAAGCCCUAUAAGUGUGGUGAUUGUGGGAAACACUUCAGCGCUUAUUCUUCCCUUAUUUAUCACCAGAGAAUCCACACUGGAGAGAAACCCUAUAAGUGUAAUGACUGUGGGAAAGCCUUCAGUGACGGCUCGAUCCUUAUCCGACAUCGUCGGACCCACACCGGGGAGAAGCCAUUUGAAUGUAAAGAAUGUGGCAAAGGUUUUACUCAAAGUUCUAACCUUAUCCAACAUCAAAGAAUUCACACUGGGGAGAAACCCUAUAAAUGCAACGAAUGUGAGAAAGCCUUCAUCCAAAAAACCAAACUUGUCGAACAUCAGAGAAGCCACACCGGCGAGAAGCCCUACGAAUGUAAUGACUGUGGCAAAGUGUUCAGCCAGAGCACACACCUUAUCCAGCACCAGAGGAUCCACACAGGAGAGAAGCCGUACAAGUGCAGUGAGUGUGGGAAGGCCUUCCACAACAGUUCCAGACUCAUCCACCACCAAAGGUCGCACCACGGAGAGAAGCCAUACAAAUGCAGUGAUUGCAAGAAGGCCUUUAGCCAGGGUACUUACCUUGUCCAGCACCGGAGGAUCCACACGGGCGAGAAGCCCUACAAGUGCAGCAAGUGUGGGAAGGCCUUCCGGCACAGUUCCAACAUGUGCCAGCACCAGAGGAUCCACCUCCGCGAGGACUUCACACGCUGACUGCGGAGGAGGGCCCAUGAGUUCUGCCGAGCGCGG